UGCACGGAUUCACAGAGAGAGAUGAUUGCAGAAGGAAUCUCAGCGAACAAAUAUUUGUAGCUGGACAGAAAAUGAAAGACAGAAAAACAAGAGAAUACCAUAAAGUUACAAAAUGCCUGAAGUAUUCCACAAAGACCCUGCAGGAUAUCAACUCCGUGUUUAUGACUACAAUGGAUUCUUGGUGCCACCAUUCCCAAACGUUCAAGGAAUUCUUGAAAAAAUUCCCAACGUACCAAUAAGAGAAGAUAAUGUCUUACUUCUCGGCUACAUGAAAACUGGAACCCACUGGAUAUGGGAAAUCUGUGUAAUGUUACUCAAUGGUUCUGCUGAAUACUAUCCAGGAAGCAAGACUGCUACCAUGAUGGAAAAAACAGACGAAACCAGCUUAAGCCAGCUUUCAUCACCCAGAGCGUUUAAUACCCACCUUUACUUACACCAUUUACCAAAAGAGAUAUUUACUAAAAAGCCUAAAAUGAUUUUCCUAACACGCAACCCUCGGGAUACUGCUGUCUAUGCGUACCAUCAUAUAUUCCAGUUAAAGGCAUUCCAAUACGAUGGAGAUUGGAAAGGAUUCUUCGAAUUGUUCUUUGAUGGCAAAGUAAGUUAUGGCAACUGAUUUCAAUAUAUGCU